CGCGGCGACGCGACGGCGAGCGCCUCGCGCACGGCCGUGCGCAGCGGCCCCACCGGCCGCCGCCCGUACUCCGGAUGCGCGCGGAUCAGGGUCUGCACCGCCGCCGAGGGGUCCGUCGUGCCGUCGACCUCGCCCGCCGCGAGCAGCCGGCCGAGGCAGUGCUUCAGUUUUUGUGCGUCGGCGUCGUGGUGUGUGCUCAUUUUUUUUUUCCGCAGCCUUGCUGUGAAUCUGCGUCGCACGCUUUUUCAGCCUUUACUGUGAGUCUGCGUCCAACGCGUGCGCAACAGGGAUGCACGCUCUGCACUGCAGAGGUGCCGGUGCACUCUCAGAUGUCAGCAAACCGGAUGUACUGCAGAACCCGGCACUCGCUUCAGUCAACACAGUGAUGGCUGAGGUAAGGUAUUACAGCUCUAUCGCUCCCUGCGCUUGCUUUUUUGCUCCUUGCGCCUAGCGGAAGCUAG